AUGGGUCAAUCAGACGCAUCAGAGCCCAGGGAGCAGCCUCUCCUCACGGAUAGCAUUGUGGGCUCCUCUUUCACCAGAACCAGUUACACCCGCAACCGCAACCGCAAAGAGGGAAAGCGCCGCCGCAUCCUCAACAAAAACGCCCGACAGUCGCGGGUCAAGCCUACCACAGGAAAGACCAAUCUACUCCCCAGCCAGAAGUCAUCCAGCCCCAUUGUCGACUUCAACGACAUAGGCAGGUCGAGCAGCGCCACCCAUGGCCGUGCCAACGAGACCCCCAAGCAGGCGAAGGAGCGUUUAGAGAAAAUGUGCGGCGCCGUGAGGACGUUACUCGAAUGUGUGGGUGAAGACCCCAACCGCGAAGGCCUGCUGGCUACGCCGUCACGUUAUGCAAAGGCGUUGCUAUACUUGACCAAGGGCUAUCAAGACAAUGUCAAGAAUGUCGUCAAUGAUGCCUUUUUCUGCGAGAGCCACAAGGGGAUGGUUAUUGUCAAGGACAUUGAAAUUUAUAGCCUAUGUGAGCAUCAUCUUGUGCCUUUUACUGGAAAGAUGCACAUCGGCUACGUCCCCUCCGAUACUGUCAUCGGGCUAUCCAAGCUCCCGCGCAUCGCUGAGAUGUUCUCCCGGCGACUCCAGGUGCAGGAGCGCCUUACUCAGGAUGUCGCUCAAGCCGUCAUGGAUAUACUCAACCCACAGGGCGUCGCUGUCAUCAUGGACUCGGCCCACCUGUGCAUGGUGAUGCGCGGCGUCGAGAAGACAUGCACCACCACCAUCACCAGCUGCGUCCUCGGCUGCUUCAAAAAAGACUCUACGGUACGCAAUGAGUUCCUCAGCCUCGUCAAUUUCAAUAGAACAUGA